AUGAAGCAAGGCUACAGAAAACCUGUAACUGAAAAGGAUGUUUGGAAGCUAGACAAAUGGGAUGAAACAGAGACAUUAACUGAGAAGUUCCAAAACUGUUGGAUGUUAGAAUUUCAAAGCUCUCACCCAUGGCUUUUAAGAGCUUUGAACAGUAGCCUGGGGAAAAGGUUUUGGAUGGGAGGCAUCUUUAAGAUUGGUAAUGAUCUUUCUCAGUUUGUGGGGCCUAUUUUGCUGAAUCACCUCUUAGCCUCAAUGCAAAGAGGAGAUCCAUCCUGGAUUGGUUACAUAUACGCCUUCUCUAUAUUUGUUGGAGUGACAGCUGGUGUUCUUUGCGAAGCACAGUAUUUCCAGAAUGUUAUGCGUGUUGGUUUUCGGCUUAGAUCAACUUUGGUGGCUGCUAUAUAUAGAAAAUCCUUGAGGCUAACUAAUGAUGGUCGAAAGAAGUUCACAACUGGGAAGCUUAUGAAUAUGAUAACAACAGAUGCCAAUGCAUUACAGCAAAUAUGUCAACAACUUCAUGGAUUAUGGUCAGCACCAUUCCGUAUCACUGUAGCUAUGGUUCUCCUAUACCAGCAACUAGGUGUUGCUUCACUUAUUGGAUCAUUACUGCUAGUCCUUAUCAUCCCUCUGCAGGCACGUUUUGUCUCUUCUUUUAUAGCUUGUGGACAUGUGUAA